CGGGCACCCCAGGCUCGGCCUGGCCUGGCUCAGCUCCCCCCCCAGCCAGCGGGGGGAAUUCAUCCGGCCCUGCCCCUUUAAGACCCCCGCUGGGACGCUUCACCCCCGACACGUGACACGGGUGACACAGCGCGGCUCCGAUAGGAAGCGAGUCGCCUCUAUCACGUGACACGGCUCCGCUCCCAGUGCCCUCCUCCCGCUCGGGAGGAGUAGCCGCUCUUGCAACUUCUCUCGCUGGUGGGGUAUAGUCUGUCCGCCGCGGGAGGACCACGGUCGCCGGGACUCUAUGGUCCGAGUUCGGUGUUUACGGGGCCGCUGGGCAGACGGGACCUGCCUGGAUCGAUUCGCUACAGGCUGACGGGUCAGAGCUGGCCUUGCUGUUCCCAUGAUGGCCCUGCCUGCUGCCCAGUGUGCAUGGGGCCUGCUCCUAACCUUUGCCUUCUACAUGGGCCCUUCCUGCACUGAUGUUGCCUCCGCCCUUCCACACCACAACUAUUGCAUCAUUGGUGCUGGCCCCUCAGGCUUGCAGAUGGCCUAUUUCCUCCAACAUGCAGGCCGGGACUAUGUGGUCUUUGAGCGUAGCCAUGCACCUGGCAGCUUCUUUGCCCUUUAUCCACGCCAUCGCAAGCUUAUCAGCAUCAACAAACGACACACUGGCAAGUCCAACAGCGAAUUCAAUCUUCGCCAUGACUGGAACUCCCUUCUCAGCCAUGACAGCCGACUGCUUUUCCAACACUACUCUCAUGACUUCUUCCCUGAGGCUGACACCAUGGUGCGUUACCUUGAAGACUUUGCUUCCAUGUUGGAGCUCCGGGUUCAAUACAACACUGCCAUCAUCCAUGUGAGACUGGAGAGGGACUCACAGGCAUGGAAUGGCCAUUACUUCAUUCUUACAGACCAUAACAGCCAGAACUACAGAUGCAGCCUAUUGUUGGUAGCCACUGGAACAUGGGUUCCCAAUGUGGUAAACUUCCCAGGCUCGGAAUAUGUUGAGGGCUAUGAAUCUGUGUCCAUCAACCCAGAGGACUUUGCUGGCCAGACUGUGUUGAUCUUGGGUCGGGGGAACUCUGCCUUUGAGACAGCAGAGAACAUUCUGGGGGUCACCAAUUUCAUACAUAUGGUGAGCCGCUCCCGUGUUCGCCUCUCUUGGGCUACCCACUACGUUGGAGAUUUAAGAGCGAUUAACAAUGGCCUCCUAGAUACAUACCAGCUGAAGUCUUUGGAUGGGCUCCUGGAGGGUGACUUGGAAGAUCUGGCUAUUGUCAAGGAUAAGAAAGGGAAGCUGCACAUCACUCUCAAAUUCUAUCUGGAAAACAGCAACAGCAGUGCAGGUGCAGAAUCCAUCACUCUCCCACAGGAUGAGCUGGACAACUUUGCCACCCGGGCCCCCUACGACCGUGUCAUCCGCUGCCUGGGUUGGAAGUUUGACUUCUCCAUAUACAAUAGAUCUCUUAGACUGAUGCCAGCGAAAGGGAAUAAGAAGAAGUAUCCUCUGAUCAAACCCAGUUAUGAGUCAAGAGGCACCCGGGGGCUCUUUGUUCUGGGCACUGCUAGCCACUCUAUCGACUUCAGGAAAUCUGCUGGGGGCUUUAUCCAUGGAUUCCGAUAUACAACUCGUGCUGUCCAUCGUUUGUUGGAACAUCGUCAUCACGGAGUCCCCUGGCCAUCAUCAGUCUACUCCAUUACACAGCUGACAAAUUCCAUCAUCAAACGGGUGAAUGAGGCGUCUGGACUAUACCAGAUGUUCAGUGUCCUGGGUGACCUCAUUCUGCUGAGAGAGAAUGCCACAGCAUUUGAGUACCUGGAGGAGUAUCCAGUCGGGAUCCUGGCAGAGCUGGAAUUGCACACAGGGAGAAAGGCCCACAAUGGGCUCUUUGUUGUCGUCAUGGAGUAUGGGAAGAAUUUCUCUGGGGCUGACAAGGAUGUCUUCUACUACAACCGAGCAGUGGGGGAGGCACAACAUGCCUGGCAGUCUAACUUUCUGCAUCCUGUUAUUUAUUACUACAAACAACUACCCACAGUGCAUGAGAUGAGUCUCCGUCCUCCGGACUGGCCUCUCCCCCGCCCAGAUGCUGUCCAUCAUAUUGUGGAGGAUUUCCUGACAGACUGGACUGCCCCAAAUGCCCAUAUCCUCCCACUUAGACGCUUCCUGGAGAAUUGCCUGGAUACUGACCUGCGCAGCUUCUUUGCAGAGUCCUGUUUCCUGUUUGCUCUGACUCACCAGAAGCUGCCUCCCUUUUGUCAGCAGGGAUACAUGCGAAAGCAAGGGCUUGUGGGUAACGAAAGACUUAGGCACCAUGCAGUGGAAGCUGGCCUACUGGAGGACCACACUGUUAUGCACUUUACAGAUGAACUGCUUGGUGGCCAGAGAGGUUCACGUGACCAGUUGCUGAAGGAUCACGUGAUACCAGGUAGCCCCUUGCAUUAUCUUGUGACUACCAAGGAUGAACUUUAACCUUUCCCAAUUCAUACUGAAACCCAUGGGGACUGUUGUGACAAUACUGUAGCACAUAUCUGCAGCAGGAUUCCAACCUCUUUCAUGUGCCACUGGCUUCCUGUCCAUCCCUCCAGCUGUCCACAUAUUGCCAAAGACCUGCUCAGAUCUGUUGUGACUGAUGUGCUCUGGAGGAUAAGUGAGAAGCUGAGAUUCAGUGAGGUGAAGGCUUCUCCUUUGUCUCUGCAGAGCCCACAGUGCUCGAAGACAGUGUUGUAUUUAUCUUAUGGACCAAUGUCUGGGGCAACAUCGGGAUCACAGGUAUGGGGAGAGAAAGAGAGAAGAGAUGCACAGAUGGCUUAACAUGAAAUAUUUUUGGUUUUGAUGUGACACAGUCACAUGUCUUGAGGGCAGGUUGGAGACUCUGAUCGUUGGAUGCUGUGUCCAAAACGUCUGUUAGUCUAUAAGGUGCCACUGGACUCUUUGCUGCUUUUACAGAUCCAGACUAAUACGGCUACCCCUCUGAUACAUUCUUGUUUAUACUUUGAAGAUUUGUAUGUUCACUGAAUUCAGAAGCGGUACCUUCAGAAGCAAAAUUUUUCAUGCACUUUGAUGAUGACAAUGAGGUGCAUGCCAGUAUAUUUAGUUUUAGUGCAGGGUAAUAUAAUGUCACUGCCUGGACGGAGGUCCCAAAAGCCACCUCCCUCCUUUAAUGGUGAGCAGCUAGCCUAGGAAGCUUAGACCCAAUGUGAACUGUCACUAGAUAGGCCCUGCUACCCUAUCCAUUCCUUUACUUGGUGGAGUUGGUAUUCUUUGCCAGCUGCUCCUAUUUAAAAGGGAUAGUCCCUGUAUUUUUUAACAAAAUAUCUGUCCUAUUUGCACUAUGUCCUUCCAAAAAGCUUCCAGUGCAUUUCACUCUAGUUAAAAUGUGUAUUCCUAGUUUUCUUCCCAGAUGUUCCUAUUUACAGCUUUCAGAUGUUGUAUGGUAAAUUGUCUGUCUGCGUUUUAUUGCUCAUUAUCUGAUAGGCACAGACCUCUCACUUCUUGGAAACCACUAAUCAGGGCAAGGAGUUUGAGUUCAGUCUUCCUAUGUCCCCAUGAUUUCUGAGAGGUAGAGGGGGGCAGGCGGAAAUAGGCUUCCUGCUCUCCCCAUAUCCAUGAGAAUACCUUGCAUUUGUGCUUCCUGGUAAGAUGGGUGGACCUGAAUAAUCCCUCCCUGCCAUCUGAUCCCUAAGUAGCCUUUCCCAGGGACCCCUUAAAUUUUCCUGCUCUUUCUGUAAAGAUUCAGUUCCUCUAGCUCUUUGCUGCUAGAGGUGAGGGAUUGGAAGGGGUGUCACUCACAGACUGGUGAAAAUGCUGCUGCUUUCAAAGGAUCCUCUUAGUAGCUGCUACUGGGAGAAACAGGGUUGGCAUCUCAGCUGGUGUAAAUUGGUAUUGCUCCACUCCCUUUAAUGGAACUACAUCUGUUCACACUAGAUGCGAAUCUGGCCCAGAGAGAGAUGUCUGAAAAGUCUGUAUUCACCAAGCAGCCCACACGACUCACCAUGGGCAUCCUACAUGUGGACUAUCCAAGGGGGGUGGAAUUAGGAGGGCCAGUGAGAGUGCUAACAGGCCUGUCUGACCUAAAGGACAAUGCAACUGAACUAUGAAAUACUAAAGCCAAGAGCAAGCCCACUGUACGCACACACAUGCAUGCGUGCACACACACAAAGCACCCUCUGCAGUAUCCACACACAAAAUCGUAAGACUGUAAAUUCCUAGUAUGUGGGUUGCCUUAGAUUGCAGUUCUGCUCUGAAAAGUGACUAAAAAUGGCACCUUCUUCUCCACCAGUGUGUGCUCCCUCCUGUUGUGUGUCCGAAUCAGAUCUGUUAACUUCAAUGUCAGAAGGUUUUACUGUUUACUCUGCCACCCAUGCAGAGCCAGAACAGCUGAGAGAAUGAAUCAUGCUCAUUCUGACUCACAUGUAAUCAAUAACAUUUGUUAAGUUCCAACUUCAUCUUUGGUGGCGCUUGAACCAAUCCAAAUCCAUUGUCCAUCUGGGAUCCCAAGCAGGCAUCAUAGUUAGGAAAACCAUUCUAAUUGUAAAGCAGACAAGUUGGAUCUGGAUGUCACAAAGGAGCAAUAAACACAAACUCUCAUGGUGCCAUUUUUGUAAUGACUUUUCAUAGCAGAAUUUCCAUUUAAUACUGAUGCCCAAUUUAAUUUUAUUGUAUCUCCUGUUGAAGUUGAUUACUGCCUCUUGUAAUUGGUUGUACAUGUUUUGUAUGGUUAUAUUCUUCCAAUCCAGUAUAAAAAAAAGUUUGUCACUCUCACUGUUGGC